AUGGAAUUGUUUCUAAAGCAGCUAAAAGUGUAUUAUGUUGUUACGGAAUCAUGCCCGGAAAUCCCUGUUUCACCACCAGCAUCUUUGGAAGAGGUGUGUCUGGCGAAAUCAGGUGCACAGAUGUGGAUGAAUGAUGAUUACAUCUGUCGCCACAGCAUCUUGAACUCCCUGUGUCAUGUCAGCAAUUACAUCCAGUUUCAAAUGAUUGAUGGGGUUUCUGUUGUUGAACAAGUCGAACAGCUUCACAGGAUUGCAGACAGUGUUACAGCCUCCGGGAUACACAUUGAUGAGAAUUUUCAUUAUAUACCUCUUGAUAGGUUGAUAUACUGGUUGAAGGACGAGGAAGAUUCCAGAAGCACUCAACAACAACAAUAGAGGUGGUCAAAAGGGAAAUACAAGCACACGCACAUGCGGGGGAGGGGCUUGUGCUUUGGAUCUCAUAAAGACAGCCACAUUCGUUGCGAUUGUCCUUUUAACCCAAAACCAUGACGUCUCACAAGUCAACAUCGGUUCUAUAAUCUCAUACUCUAUCUAUUCAUUUCAACCAUUCUUCUUUUCAUUUUUGUUUCGUGUAACUGAUUGCUUGUUGGUAACUCCAAAGGCCAGGGUAACUCCAAAUAUUCAAUGUGAU